UGCACCCUUUUCCCCGUGCGUGCGCGAAAUCGCCAAAUACUCCGAUAUUUUUGGCUCAACCCCCGCCCUUUCGGUGCCAACUCGGCUAGCCGCCGUGAUUUCCGCCGAGGCGCCGCGCCCGUCGCGCACCGAGCUAGUAGGUAUGGGAGAAACACGAGUCCGCAUGUGCGCAACGCCACCACCACCUUUUUACGAGCACCUCUAUACGCCCCGUGUGGGACGAUUUCUCCACUGGAAGCGCCCGCCAGAGAUAACUUGGCUCCGUGCGGGGACCGUUUCCGAUGAUCUCGGCGACUCUGUCAGCUCGUAGCAUCGCUUUCGCACCCACGCGCAUGGGCAUCUGCCCACACUGCGGUUUCGCUUGUUCCGAAGACGCGUGCUACGCGUGCCGCACGCCGCCGACGCGCGCCACGGCCACUUCGACCUACUGGCGAAGCGAGCGUUUCCGCUUGCUCCCGAAGGUACAACUGCGGGGUCGAAUCCUGAUUUGGCGAAACGGGGUAUCCAAGCGGGUCCCGGGUGACAUUCCACUAGUACUGGACUCGAAAAUACGCUGCUGCCAUUUAUUUGCACCUCUCCCUUGGUACGCAUCGAAUUUUAGCCGUACGACUCAAGCCACACAUGCGAGCGAAUUCGAUCAUGCUGUUGUUGCAUGUUGAAAACGGGCGUAAGAUGCCAUAAGAUGCUGCGGCAUGCGAUGACCUACGCUAGAGUUACGGCCUACAUUACACGCCAAGUCCGCGGGGCACACGACAUUGACGGCAGUCCCACGAUAUUACAGGUAUCAGCAAAUCGGGUCAUAGUGAAAUCCUUGAUUGGACAGUGCGCUUACAGAAGUCUGAAAUUUGAUGAUGUCGCAAAGGUGGCAACCGUUACCUGGGUUUCAUUCAGUGGAAACACUGGCCCGUGGCUUGUCGUGCUUCUGGAUAGUUGCAGUCUUGUCCUUUUUGCACCCGACGGGAGCCAAGUAGAAGCAGCACUACCGUUUCAUGUUGACUGCAUCUGGCCAAUCUUACCAUGUCCUGUAAGCAAGGGGGGGCUUGUUCUUCAGUGCGUGCAAUCCCAGCUUUGUGCAUCUAAUUUAUCGCCACGAAUUCCCCUAUUCUCAAUGACUCAUCCACUCGAGAAUUUUUGUGCUGUUGAAGCCCCAUACCAAGCAUAUGACGGCAACAUAUCGUAUAGUUCGCCAGACCGUGUGGUCUUCGUCGCUGAAGGUGUGCCCCUUUUAGUAGUCACAUACAGUAAGUCGCAACAAAAGCAUUUUGUAUGGCGCAUCCAUAAACGAUCUUCACGUUCACUUAGAGUAGACUAUGGAAGCACUCCGUCUCCAAGCACGUGUACAAAAUGCAAACUUGAUCCGCCGCGUUUGCCUCGAGUAGUCACCUCAUCCAAAGAAGGCAGGUGCGGUGGUCAAGUGUCAGGAUCAGACAUGUCUCUGCUUCAUACACCAACAGAGAGCAUAUUCCCGCAAAGGCCGGAGCUAUUAGCUCAACGCAUAGGGGCUCAAAAUGGAAAUAUUCACCUUGCUAGUUCAUCCGCUGCUAUUCGAAUUUUUUGCGUGAGUGGCGAGCAAAAUGAGUCCAUGCUCUGCCUCCUGUUGCAUAAAAGUAAUUUUAACUUAGAACCUUCGUGAGAUGUCUGUGCAAAUUGUUACAGGAUACUUAGAUGGACAUACACCACACAGGUUGAUUGGGCUGAAAGUUACCUCACUGAGUGAGGUUGAUAUUCUUUUACCUCCUAUGCUCCAAUUUGCAUUUAAUAUACAAUGCAUUGAUGCCCAACCUGUUAACGUACAACGGCACCGUGUUGGUUUUGUAGUCUUAAGGCAAGAAGGGAGUCUUGCUUUAAUGAUUGAUGGUCUUUCCUUGUCAUACAUAGAGACUUCGAGUUUGCUAGCCAGUCCAGCUACUACUUCUAGUGCCAAAAAAUGUCAAAUGAUAACCUGAUUUCAAAUGACAACGUCUAGGUUUAUCGAGUCCCCUGUUUGCACCUGGGGCACAUCUUCUUGGCACGCAAUGGGACGAUUGCUCCGCCCUGACCAUGACAUCCUCCUGGCAGCACAUGCGCCUGAAGGUCUCCCUCACGCUUGAUUCAGCACUCGCAGAAUCAGCUCUAUCAGCACUCGAUGACACACUACCACAUUCGCUCGCAUCCAUCUUGUAAGUUACCUUGAGGGUCCAAGUACUGCGGUUCAUGCCUCGCGCGAUGUUCUUACUACACAGGCGUGCCUCGGUGCUUACUGUCGUGGACUUUCUGGGCCGCAGCACUUACCCUUGUGGUAUUUCACUCAGUGAAGUCAUAUGGACUGCGUUUGUAGUUACGCUUAAAUCUCUUUUUGGUUCCCUGGAUGCAUCAUGAGCAACUUGUGUCCUUUACAAUGAAAGCGUCGCUCUUGUUGAGCAUUUUCCACAUAGGUAGCAAACUAUUGAAUGCUAAUCUGAAUCCGAGCCAUGAUUUUGUCAGUGAUAAUCGCAGCGACAGCAAAUGGUUCUGGUUGAACUUGAUUUGCAAUCAAACACACCGAAAGCAUUCGUUAUAUGCAUACAAGAUCGCGAUUGCCUUGCCUAUCAGAGCCGGGAGCUUACUAACAGACCGCUCUCGUGUGUGUUACUUUACUCUAAUUUCUGCCGCCCAAGACGUAGCCCAUCGAGCUCUGGGCUUCACCCAAGUGGAUGCUGAGUGGAGAAUGCACCUGAAACGUAUCUAUGAUGCGAUCUAUGCAGCUCGCGAAGACUGUAAGCUAUCAUCACUCUCCUGGGCUCACUUAGAACCGCUAAGCUUCUUGCUUGAUUCCCUAAGCACGGAUUUUCAGCCAGCAGACCGCGUAAAUUCCCAGGAUCUUCAAUCCAAUCUAAAAAGGGGCCAAUCUCAUGCUAGUAGAGACAGCUGUAAGAGUCUUGCGUUUAAAUAAACUACGAACCUGAUGUCAGUGAGCGCAUAGGUUUUGUUUCUUCAGGUACUCUAAACAAGAAGCAGUUAAUUGGCGUUCAAGAAUGGGUUUCUGAUAUAUUGAAAAGUCAGUUGUUUGGUGACGUAAAAUAUGGUUCUUGUGCUUCUUUUCGCUCUCGCGCAAGGCGCCUUUCUUGCAUCUUAAACGUACUUAGUGGUCAAGCUUGCCUAGAUUUGCGACGAAAACUAGCUGAAGAGCUCAUCCUUGCGAUGGUACGCACUGGACUACAUUUGGAUGAGCUUGGCUUUCUGACCCCGGGGUUUGUUGUGCCUAUACAAGAUGCUCUCAAUGUGUGUUGCCUGGGACCACCCGACUGUUGGCCUACUUCUGCAUAUGAACUUAUUGGUCGUGGUGAUCUUGCUUGUCUAAAUCUAGCGAUCCAACACCGUGAAGAAUCAUUAGUUACCAUAGAGGCACGUAGUUGGGAAGCAGUACAGAUGAUGUGCGCCAGGACACACACGUACGCUGCUUAUGUAGUGGAUAAGGGCCACAUAUCCUACCUAGACGAAGAUGGGUAUCUCUCGGUGUCCAUAGAAGACACUGUUAGAUGCAGGCAGCACUAUCAACACUCUAAUUACAUAGACUUACACGCAUAUGUACUAUGGCCUCUCUGUGCCAUGCUGACAAUUCCCUCUUGCGUGAAGUAUCUCGAUUACUAUGUUCAUCAAAACUGGUUUUGUUUAAUGCAACACGUCCCCCUGAGAUAUCUGAUCAUGACUUUGAGCAGCGCAAGCAAGCAUCUCUCCUUUUAGCAUGCACCCGAUCAUUUGCGACAGCUGCAGGCCGAGGUAUGAUCACUUUCAGGUCAUUACCAUCCUUAAGUACCCUAGCGGAGGUUCUCCUGGUGAGUGACUGAUAUACGUAUGUAGUGCAACCUGCCUUCCAGGUACCAAGAAUGUGUCUUUUGGGUCGUUCACCACCUUGCAAUGUCACUGUGGCUCUUGACCUCUCGUCGCCUCUCGCAGGAGCUCUGAGCUUAUGGCCAAAGUUUCACAACGGUGUUGCUGUUGGUCUGCGACUACAGUCCUUAAGAUCGACAUCUCGCCUCACUGCUAGACAAAGAAAGUCAGUGUGCAUCACACGAACUUGGAUAGUGUACAACAAGCCAGAGAUUCCCACACCCCAACAUGGUGGGCUGUUGCUCGCAUUGGGCUUACAACAGCAACUUCAUGUUUUGGCAAUGACAGAUAUAUACGAAUAUCUGACCCUAGGUCAUGAUCCGACAACAGUUGGUAUGCUGCUCGGGAUGGCUGCAGCAAAAUGUGGCUCCUGUGACGCAGCAGUAUCAAAGAUGCUAUGUCUGCACAUCCCGGCUCUCCUCCCACAGCCGUUCGCAGAGAUGGAGGUCUCUGCUGCAGCACAAACAGCCGCAAUAACUGGUAUCGGCAUGCUUUAUUGCGGCACAGCUCACCGGUUAAUGGCAGAAUUUCUCCUUGGCGAGAUAGCAUGCUGCUCCCGUGGAGAUCGUAUGCGGGACCGCGAAGCUUAUACACUUUCUGCCGGUCUGGCGCUAGGACUCGUCACGCUGGGUAAGGGUUCAAGCAAUGAGGCCGCUGGUCUUGGGGACCUCGAGAUCGCCCAGCGCUUGCAUCAUGCCCUUGCUGGUGGCACUGAGAGCAAAUCAGGCCAGAUCUUACGUCUCUUAAGUAGCACAGUAGACCAAGGUAACUAUUUGUGUGAAGACCAUGUAUGCAAUUCUCGCGUUCGUGAGGGUGAAUAUCUAAACACAGACCUGACUGCGCCUGGUGCCACCCUAGCACUCGGACUUUACUUCAUUCAGACAAACUCCACCGCCGCCGCCGCACGACUUCGUCUUCCAGACACAGGUGUCCUCAUAGAUACAGUACGACCAGACUUUAUGCUACUUCGUGUGAUAGCACGCGGGUUGAUACUGUGGGAUUUCAUUAGACCUACAACCGAGUGGGUUGAAGCCCAGCUUCCAUCUGUCCUUGUAGACUCGAUGCAAGCACUGCUAGCCGUUUCGUACAGUCUAAAGUCUGCUGCUCGUGCUAGUAUUUCAGGCGAUGCAUGUGUAGGUCAUCUAGGAGUAAGAUGUGCGCAAAGGUCCUGUUCUGCAAGUGCAGUUGCCAAAAAGAAUUGCCCUUGCAAGACGCAGCUGACUGGAGUACCUUAAAGCAAGCACAUGCCAACAUUGUCGCUGGUGGCUGCUUCGUGCGCCCGUGUACAACCUAUUGACAGCAUUUUUCAAUCUACCCAUAGGCAAUUGGUCUACGCUAUGCCGGAACUGGUUGUGCUAUGGCUGCUGCAACCCUUAAGUACUUCUUAAUACGAUUCAAGGCUCUGAGAAAUGCAUGCGACUUGGUCCCUGGAGUCGUGACGCGGGAGUCAAAGCACACCUCCCAUAGCAACGCUCUCUUAGAUCCAGUCAUACGAGAACAUUCACUGGCUUGGCGGCCAGAUCGGCCUACCUUGGAGAUGUGCCUCGCUACAAUAUCAAUUGCGUUGGGAAUGGUGAUGGCUGGUACUGGUGAUCUCGAGUCCCUGCGAUUACUUCGCCAGCUUCGUUUGCGCAUCGACGAAGACAUCACAUAUGGUGCAUUUGAAUGAUUCUCAGUUUGAAAUCAGUUCGCACUUUACGCAAUAUAGGUACACACAUGGCCUUGCAUAUGUCUAUUGGUCUUCUAUUUAUUGGCUGCGGUCGUGCAUCAUUGUCAAGAUCGAAGGAAGCCAUCGCAGCUCUCGUUGUUGCUCUUUUUCCACGCUAUCCUCGGAGCGCUAGCGACAACCAAUAUCACCUUCAGCCCCUAAGGCAUCUGUGGGUACUGGCCGUUGACUGGCGGGGCCUAAAGACGGUUGAUGUAGAGACUGGCACCGAUGUCCCCGUCCCACUCCAGAUAGACCUAGAUCCUGACAUAGACUAUAUUGCGAAGGGUGUCGCUGGCUCAUUUGCAUCCAGACAGAUCUUGCGGGUGAUGUCGCCGUGCCUUCUUCCACCUGUGUGUAAUAUUGGCUCUGUGCAAGUCGCAUCAGGGCGCUACUAUCCAGCUACUCUGCAUAGUCUACAGAAAUGCACAGCGCCCUGAACUAAAAAGCCGACUGUCCCACGUUAAGCGCACAAUUUAAUGUAGGCAUCUCCAGAAUGCUCGUGCAAUUGUGUGUCUUAUUAUUCACGUGAAACGUCGCCCUGGGUACUUGAGCUACAUUCACGACCCAUGUGCACUGCGCGAGGCAUCCGGUGUAGCUGGAGAAUCCGGAAUCAACAACAAAUCAGAUCUCUGCUCUUUACGCAUCUUAGCACCAUGGGCGCGUCGCACCUUCCACGCCUCUGCUAAUAUGGGUAGCGCCCUGUUUGAUUUGAAUCAUUGCUUAUAUUUACGCAUGAAAUCACGAUCAACCACAACUCAGCUUACACAGGUACUCAAAGUGAUGUUCUUGUGCCAUAUGCAGAUGAUCCAUUUCUCCUAACUUUUGCAAGACAGUUCUGUGAUAAUCUUGGUUAUCAUGUAAGUUUUGGGCAUGAUCCUCAAGCAUUGGCUUUUGACAGUUUGCUUGGAAGAGUGGCAUCAGUCGAACAUUGGUGUGCCAGGAUUCUCUAUGAAUGUGUGGCAUGCGAUAAACCUGCUGCUUUAACCCUCUACCUCCAGCUGCGUCAUGCUGCGCUAUCCAUCUGGUGGAAAGUAUGUUCCGCACAGAUAUGGUCACUUCGAAUUGCUUUAGAGCCCUCACACUUUGUUGUUCUCACUUCAGAGCAAGCAGUGUCCAGUAUCUUGUGUGUAAAAUCAUACCAGAAAAGACAUUUAUUAUGCCAUGGAUCAUAUGUACACCCCGCAGGUACUCGAAUGGUGAACUUCAAAAGUCGAUGAGAAGCAGGACUGUUACAGAGGAUCAACCACUUUUGCUACAUCAUUUUAUGGAGGCGGUUCGAGUCUACAUAAACACUGUCCUGCGCCAGGGCGAGCAUAGAGACCCGCAAAUAGCAAGUUCGAUAGACACUCUCUCGCCAGUUCUGGUUCCAUGGGAAGAGAUUGAAGUUGACCGUUAAGUUCAACGUCCGAAUCGCCCGCAAGUUGCAGUGGGCUUGUGGAAGCGCCCGAGCUUGUGGGGCUGCCUAGAAUUGCUUACAUCGGGGUGCUGGCCAAGGAUCCCAGUGAUGAGUUAAAUUAUAAUGUCCGGAUCCCCCCGUAUACUUACCUGCAUGACGUCACUCGCGGGGGAAGGCAACUUGAAGUGAGAAGGCCUUUAGAGGUAU